UGGCUCACGUCCAACCAGCACCGGGCCUAUCAGACACUGUCAUUGGCAUGCGUCUUGCUUUGGUGCCAUCUCUUUCCACUCCUUGUACUCGACUCGGAAACUCUCACACAACUGUUUUUUUUUUUUUUCUGGUUGACGAAUAUUAUUAUUAUUAUUAGGUUUAUUUUGGCAAUUUCUUUCGCAGACUGUUGUCACUCAGGCAGAAUGUCUGGCUGCUGAGCCUCCAUCCUCCCAAUAGGGCCCAGCGCGCGAUGCUUUUGGGGAGAUCUUUCAUGUUGGGUGUCUUGGACGUAAUUUAGUUAAAAGAUAUCCAUUCCCCCCAAGGCUAUCCAUUGUCCAUAUCGCCAUGUCCGUCCUAACGGAGCUCUCUCAUUUUUCUUUUUUUACGUGCAUUCGUUUGUCACGAUCUCACUGAUACCCAACUUUCAGUUAUUUCUUCUAUAUUACAUAUACUUCGGCGGUUCUUGUCUUACAGCCGCUGGUCGUCGCUCCCAAUCUCCUCUUUCGUCCUUCGUUCCAACGGUGUGCGAGACCAGAGUUUUUUUUUCUCUUCUUUUUUCUCUUUUCCUUUCUCCUUCAUUUCAGUUUUGGUCGAUUAGUCGUCUUGCGACUUACAAAGUUAUGAGCGAGCUGCUAUGAGUGCCUUAGGCUUGGUGCUCUUUGAAGCAUACUCGUUGUGGCUUAAAUCGAUUUCAUCUUGUGCCUCCUGCGCUCCAUCGAUGAUCCCCUGUUUGGACCGUCAAAAAGCCGCUCGCCACGAGGUGGAGAAGGCCGAUUUCGUCAUCUACAGUGACCAACCUGGUUUCAUACCUCCUCCUUCACUUGGUCGGUUGGCUAGCACGACAGAGGCGGAGCCCCUGGUGGAGAGACCGGCCUCCGCUGCUAGGCGAGCCGGCCGUCGGGUCUUCUCAGUCCAAAAGAGAUUCUUGUCACGGGGUUCUUCAUCAGCACGCCGGCCACGUAUAUCUGCACCAACCAACUUUCAGCAUAUAUCUAGCGGCUCGCUGCAGUUCCCGCCCCCGAGCAGGCCGAGGCAACGGCCGCGAUCCUUUCGACCACUUGAGCUCAGUAUACACUCGGUAAACAACUACCUAUUAUCACCAAUGCUGCCUCACUUUGAACAAGAGGAUCGUGAACCGUGUAUCACUGCGCCGCAACCUGCACACAUAAGAGACAGCUUCGAUUCGGACACCUCAACAUUGACAUACCAGGAGAGCACUACUUCGUCUCUUUUCCACAUUCCUCGCCGGCCUCUGCCGCAGCGUCCCGUAUCCCCUGGAGACAGUAAUGGCAGUCCACCUAGGGUUCCAUCAAGGUCGCGUCUAAGAGCGACUCUGACAUCACCCGAACGCGUAGAGAUGAUGGUUGAGCGCAUCGCCAGCGCCAUGAUCGAGAAGGAGACUCUGCAGUCAGACAUAGACUCUGUCGUGCAGCGGCAAAGCAUAUAUGCAGGCAGAGCCUCCCUUAGUGCCCCCGGUGUCGAGAAAAUUGCGCCCAUGCCGUCUAUCCCUGCAACGCCUGCUGCAGCACCAUCAUUUGCGCAACGACUUAGUCUUGAUCGGCCACAUACAGCACCUCAGAAAGCUGUGGCAAUCGAGGUUUCCACUAUCACAGCACCUCCCGCUUUUGAUAUAUCACAGCUGUCAAUGACUCAGGCACGCUUUAUAUCACAAUCCACCCAUGAACUCCUCGGGAGGCCAAUAGGGCAUUCGUUGCCUCUUGUCUUCCGCCCGCCACUGAGGAAGAAGAAGUCUUUUACAAACAUUUCCACUUGGUUGUCCCCCAACGAUAGUGGCGAGCAGGAUCGCGAUCGGGGGUCCAGUUUCGAGUCGGCCACAAACGAACGAACUCUUACCAUGGAGAACAAUGACUAUUACACGUACGUUGCUGCUCCUCCAGCCAGGCGAGCUAGUAUCGUUACGGUUUCCAGCAUGUCAUCAUGGUCUGCUGAGGAGGAGCAGUCUUACGCAACGACACUCUCGCCACCUUCUACUAGUCCGGUCAGGUCGAGGCCAGGUGCAUCGACAACGCCUCGGACAAGUCGCAUGUUCACAUUUGGCCGGCUUUCAAUCAACGGGAGACAACAUUGGCCACAUAACGUGGGCGUCGCUUAUUGAUGCCAUUAUGGGCCAUUUAAACCUUUUAUUUUUAUUUUUUAUUUUUACUGCACAUUCAUUCUACCUAUGCACACUCACUGUUCUAUUUAUCACCGCAUUAGCCACGCGCAUGAUGUUUAUCGGAUUUUCUUGGUCGUAAUAUUUGCCACGAUCAACAUAGGAUUCAUCGUGGGGUAUUCAGACGCGCAUUCUAGUUCUAGUGGCCAGCCCACAUGGUUUUAUCACUACUUCUUUUCAUUUCUCGAAGCAGGGGUCUUCGCGGGGGAAAAAAAAUCAGGAUAGAAGGAUGAAAAUUGGCAUGGAUACAAUUUUCAUAUGUAUGAUUACCUACCCUACCUUACCUACCUUCAUAGAUACCCCCUAGACGGCUAGUCUGUCUCUUGUCACUGUUUUCCCAUGUGCCAAUGCCCAGGCAUAUUGGGCAGACGACAUUGACAUAGUACAUAUUAAUUUGUCACUGGUCUCGACUCCUUACCCCUUUAGAAUAAACCAUGUAACCAUAAUUUGCAAACUCAUUUGGCACCAUCCACUCAUGUCUCAUAGCCCGGUGACAAUAAC